GGUUGUGUUCAGAUUAUACAUUAAGGACAUACUUUCUGCCAGCGACUUUAGCUACUUUUAUGCUCUUGUAGACAGCUGGCUCACCUGUGACCUCUAGGGUUUCUAGGUUAUGAUGCACAGAUUUCCGCAGUCCAGCAUAAGGAUUGCUCAUUGGAGCUGAUAGCUAGCCUAGGUGAAAAUUUAGCUGGACGAACCAGCGUUAGGAUGAUUCAUUAGAAGUUACUCGGUGGUUUAUGUGGUGCUCAGUAUUUGUUUCAUUUUGCUGUUGAACGCCAUGUAAACUGCUAUAGUGCCUAAGGCCCUUUCAUGUUUAGUUUUUUGUUGUUAUCUCUAUGAUUAUUAUCAAUUCUUGUUGUGCAUUUUGCCAUUAGUUUUUUAUUUGUUGGAUUAGGUUUCCACCAUAUGUUUAAAAAGAUGUGCUGAUUAGAAAGUGUAACUAGUAAGCUUUUCUAUGAUGUGUUGAUAUGUCAUAACAUGCUUGAUUUCCCAAAGAAUUCACAUUAACAAAAUGGGUUGGAAGCAAGCAGCUAUAGGAUAUAUUUGACAAUCACUGGUGUUUUGUGGGUGGCAAAAAUGGCAAACGCCACCUCUAGACAUCGUUCAGUUCCACGAGAAGGGACCAACACUGACCUUAGCUUCUCCUGAUCAACUCAGAAAGUUCACUGCUUGGCGCAUAGUAGCAAGCAGACACUGUCCAGCUAGCUGCACGUUAAAGUUUACUUGCAUGCAGGGUCUGAUUGGCUUGGAGCCGGCAAAGGCUAUCUUGAGCCAGGUGUUGGGUUUUGGAGCCCUAGGGUAGGGAUGGAUGCCUGUCCAAGUUGUCUGGCACCAGGGCUCCAAUCAAACAGCCCCGCAAUACUGGUGUAUUCAAGUGAGAUUGGUCAAGAUAGUCCAACCAUUCUGUUCUUCCAAGAAAAUGCUGGCAACAUCGCUCACCGUUUGGAAUUUGUUCGACUAAUGAUGCAGCGACUACAGUGCAAUGUUUUUAUGCUUUCUUAUAGAGGGUAUGGUGAGAGUGAUGGUUAUCCUUCUCAGAAAGGGAUCACAUAUGAUGCACAGGCUGCACUUGACCAUCUAGCUCAGAGGAAUGACAUCGACACAACCAGGAUAGUUAUCUUUGGAAGAUCUUUAGGAGGUGCUGUUGGAGCAGUUCUUGCCAAAAACAAUCCUGACAAGGUGGCCACUCUAAUACUGGAAAAUACAUUUACAUCCAUACUGGAUAUGGCUGGUAUUAUGCUUCCCUUCUUAAGAUGGUUCAUAGGCGGGAGCUCUUCUAAAGGUCCAAAACUUUUAAACUGUGUUGUUCGCUCUCCAUGGAAUACACUUGAUAUUGUUGGAGAGGUCAAACAACCCAUUCUCUUCCUUUCUGGAUUGCAAGAUGAACUAGUCCCCCCUCCACACAUGAAGAUGUUAUAUGACAAAGCUUCUGAUCAUAACAGAAAUUGCAGAUUUGUUGAUUUUCCUAGUGGUAUGCAUAUGGAUACCUGGAUGUCUGGAGGGGACCGCUACUGGAGGACAAUCCAAUUGUUCUUGGAUCAAUACGCUCCUGGAGUGCAGAAUCAUGAUGCCAGCUUCAAAAGUGAAAUUACCGAGGAUGAUGAAGCUGCUGAUUGACUGGAAAAUCUGGAUCGGACUUUUUCCAAAUUUCUGUUUCCUGAUGUUGCUGCAAUUUGUCACCAAUGAACUGAAACUCACCGCAAACAAUUAAUUCAGGCAAUUAUUCUGCUCCAUUGUACCUGAAGCAACCGAAGUUGUGAAUAUUUUUCGAGGAUAUUCUCCACCAUGCUCUGCCGCUACAUUUGCCCCUGGAACUUAAGUUAUUUGCCCAUGAACCGAAUAUAUAUCCUCUUGAUUGAAUGUAUGAAUGAUAUUUUUUUUCUCCUUUGCUAGUAUUUGGAACAUUCCUAAAAAUGUGGCUGUAUGACAGCCCGAUAGAUAGGCUGUAAGCUCAUUGGCUGAACUAUUUGGUUUUGUGAUUUUGAUUGUUUCCUUUUUCGAUGUUAAAGCAUCUAGACCUUUAAUAUGUUUGGAUGACACAAGAUUAUUGUGAUUAAUGUAUGUUUUGCAGAA